AUGAAAAUUGAGAAGAGCAGCACUAAAGUUCGUUUUGGCACCCUGGAUCCGCGCAAAGUAGAGGACGUUACGAAGUCGGUGCUCGAACAUGGACGUUACAGGAACCCACGUUCAUGGGACACAUGGAGGCAACCGUCAUUUAUCACCGCUAUCAAGCUCAUGUUCACGCGCAGUCAGAAUGGACUGCCUUCUAAACAGGAGCUUGAACGGACGCUUCCUAUGAAUGUCACUAACGGCACUGUGAUCGGUAGCCCGCCCGACUCAGGCAUCAAGGUGACAUGGUUUGGCCACGCAAGUCUCCUGGUCCAAUUCGACGGCGUCUCCAUCCUAACCGACCCCAUCUUCAGUAGCUUCUGCGGGCCGGCUUCCCUAGUGGGCUACAAGCGCUACCGGCCGGCGCCCUGCACCGUCGAAGAGCUACCCAAGGUCCACGCCGUGGUCAUCAGCCAUUCUCACUUCGACCACUUGGACCUACCGACGGUGAAGCAGCUCAACCGCAAAUUCAAAAGUGACCUGAGGUGGUUCGUCCCCAGCGGCAUGAAGAGCUGGUUCACUAGAGCCGGCGUGGAGGACGUCGUUGAGCUGAUCUGGUGGGAAGAUACCUGUAAUUACAUCCAGUUAGGCCGAGACACUAGUACGCGGGUCAGGUUCUUCUUCACCCCGGCCCAACACUGGUCCAUGCGCAACGGCAUUGACACGAACAAGAGCCUGUGGGGAAGCUGGUCUAUCUUGGGACCCAAUAACAGGUUCUUCUUCGCAGGAGACACGGGCUACUGCAGCAACGUCUUCAAGGAGAUUGGGCAGAAGUUCGGCCCAUUUGACGUGGCUGCAAUCCCCAUCGGAGCUUACAAGCCUAAGGCUUUGUUGAGCCCCCAGCAUGUCGACCCAUCCGAAGCUGUGCAGAUCCAUUCGGACAUUCAGGCGAGGCAUUCCGUGGGCAUCCACUGGGGAACAUUCGAGCUGGGAAAGGAGCAUUACUUGGCCCCACGAGAGGACCUCAAGAAGGCCUUGGAGAAGGCCCGUCUGGACGGCCACAAUAUCGACUUCUUCACUCUGCAGCAUGGCGAGACCAUGCUUUUGGCAGACAAGAAGACGGGCAACAGAGAGGGUGGUGGCGAAUCCAACUGACAAGACCACGAUAUACGUUUUUGCCUGUGGCUAUGCUUGAUGACACUGGCACGCUGAUGCACAGUCGUAGCCAGUGAUAUGAAUGAUGCUCAUCGAGACGCCAUAGAAAUAUCUAAAUAAAGUACUGGAGAGGUAUAACUUGUUGACACAAUAAUGUAACAUGCUAUGGGCAGCUGUGCAAUUAGAGAAUGUUUUUAAUUAUCUGCUAAAAAGGCUGCCCAGAAAACCUUUAAUUGUGAAUACAUUUUAAAUGGUUGCAGAUAAAGGUGCUUGAAUUCAAUAAUUGUUGAAAAUCAUUAAGCACAUCAAAACGUUAAGUCCGGAUGUAAAUUUCUUUACGGUAACGCUCAUGAUUGUGUGCAGGAGCUAUAGGUCUGAAGUAAACGGAAAUUGUAGUGUGUCUAUGCUUGUCAGCAUUAUUUAAACUGGAAAUAUUCUACAACUUGUUUUUGAGUGUCAAUUAAACGUUGCCAGAAUCCUAAUCGUGAAUCUCUGUGUGCGUAGUUUGAUUCACCCGGAUCCUUAAAAGAACAAUAGUUGAAAAAAAUAAAUAAAUAAGGUUCCCCGGUUUCGUUAGGUAGCUGUUUCUUACAGUGGUGCGGGUGUAUUAAUUAUGAAAAUCGGAAGCCUUUACCCUUAUGAUCGAUUUAACUCUCUCACGUGACCGGUCACUCUCCUAAUGAUCAUUACUUAGGCAUGCGCAAUACUACCAAUGAUUUCGUAUUCCAUAGAGUCCUAAAUUCAUACUACACCGGACUGGUUUUUAAAAACUAGUCGGUAUAUUAUCAAUCGUUUAAAACCACCCACGUGACGGGCUAGGAAUGGGUAAACUGUCUAAGGAAUUUGUAAAUGUAUUUUUCAAUGCCUCCUUAUUGAGCCCGCCCACUGCGCACGUGGGCAAUUAACAUGUGUUCCUCUCCAAUGCCACACUGCAUAUUCCAGCCGCGCGCGUCAUAGUUUACGAGCGUGCUUGCGAUCGGACAUUUUGUGCAUAAUCACGGUUAGCUAUGAUUGGUCAAAACACCAUGGGGCGGGGCUUACUGAAUCGGUCAAUUCAGUGCAAUUAACCUAUCGCGGUAGAAUCGCGUCAACGCAGCUUGUGAAAUAUUGUUCAACUACAUGGACGCGGAACGCGCACAUUCUGAGACAAAUAAUAUACAAAUAUAACAUGGUUUGAGG